CCCAGUGGAAUCCUUUUCAGAUAUUCUCGUCUGACGACAGUACUGACAUCAGCAAUCUCGCUAGUUUCCGAGAUCUGUGUUUGGAGUAAGGGGAAAUAAAAACAAAGUAGUUGGACUAUCUCUGUGUAGGAUAUUAUAAAAUGCCCAGCAAGAAGAAGAAAUACAAUGCCAGAUUCCCUCCGGCCAGAAUUAAGAAGAUAAUGCAGACGGAUGAGGAGAUAGGCAAAGUUGCUGCUGCAGUUCCAGUUAUAAUUUCGCGGGCCCUGGAGCUCUUCCUGGAGUCGCUCCUGACGAAAGCAUGUCAUGUCACACAGUCUCGUAACGCCAAGACCAUGACCACGUCACACUUGAAGCAGUGCAUCGAGUUGGAGCAACAGUUUGACUUCCUGAAGGAUCUGGUGGCAGCCGUUCCCGACAUGCAGGGGGAGGGGGAGGACAACCACACGGAAGGGCCCGGGGAGAAGGUCCCGCGCAGAGGUCGCAAGCCAGGAUCAGGUCGCAAGAAUGGAGGUGCAGGCGCCAAGGGCAAAGAUAAGAAGCUGUCAGGCACAGAAUCUGAGCAGGAGGAGGACUCGGAAGACAGCGAGACAGAUGGCGAGGAGGAGGACGGCUCCCAGUCGAGCACCAAUCAGCAGUCAGCAUCACACUUCGACAGUCACGACAUGGCCCCACAGUACACGCACAUGGGCACAUUACCGGGAGGUGUGGCCCCCAUGCAGCCGGCCUCCUUUGCCCCCCACCCCUCGCUGAUGGCUACCGCGCCACCCACUGCCCCCGUGCCCCACCCCGAUCAGGAAGAUGACGACGAGGACUACGACUCUUAGCUCCCCCCACCUCCUCCUCCUUCUCACCUCCUCUCUCCCUUCUCCAAAACCUCCCCCUACUCUUUUACGAUUUCUUUUACUCUUAGGUUCUUCUCUCGUCUGGCUGCCUGCUUUGCUCUCGUAUAGGGUUGUGUAGGGCGUCUUUGGUGGGGGAUUGGAUGACCGCAAGUGGUAACUUCAAUGCAAGGAAACCCCCCCCAACCCCUACACCUUUUUGUGUGUGUCCCCCCUCCCUCUACUGAACACAAGAGAUUUCUUGAUACUGUAGAGGAUGAGCAGCAGUCUCCAUGUGAAGACUUAAGACUUGGUUGUAUAUUAGCUAAUGUGUUUUUGAGUUUCUCUGUUUCAUUCUUUUUUUCUUUUUUUUUUUGUUAUUGUUUUUAAUUCUUAUUUUAUUGUGAAGCAGGAAGACAGGAAGGAGACAAAAAAAAGAAAACGUUUAGAAUCCAGAAUCCAGUAAGUUUCUUGUUGUAAUAACAGAAAUUUAGACAUGGAGGGCCAACCUUCUGGAUUAGUUUAGGAUACCUCCUUUUUAGUUUGCACUUUGUCUGUGUUUCCUUUAGUUUCCACCAAUCAUAAUGCACACCUAAACAGGAAAGAAACAAAUACAGAAGAAAAGAAGCUAUACAUAUCACCCCAUUCCCGACUGUUUAUUAUAGAGCCAUUGCUGCUCUGCUUUGCGUAAAAAAAAAAAGAAAAAGAAAAACAAGUGUCCCCAGUACACUGGAAAAAUCACACAUCUACUCCUCAUAAUGGAGGAGAGAAGAAUUUUAAAUAAUUCAUUUUCAUCUUGGUGUAUUGGCUGUACAAAUGUUGCCACAAUGUUGUAACGAUCAGUCAUACACCCUGAGAAAUAGGAGCAGUUUCCCAGUUUGUCUUGUUGAAGGUUUCCUGGCAGAUCUGAAAAAGGAAAUGUAAACAGUGCCAGUCUCUUUGCCGUCUCGUGAGCUGGCUGAAAUCUUCACGACAGAGAAAAGAAUGGAUUCACUAAAUUAAUUCUCCAACGCCUUUUCUAUGCUGUUGUAUUGUAAAUUGUUUUUUAUUAUGAAAUCCCCCUGUCAACCGUAACUCGAAUCCUACUUCCGCUAAGGAGGAGGAGUAUCAGUGUGUGUACGCCAAGGCAACACGAGGUGCAAACAGUAAACUUUUUAAAAGCUCACUUUGGGAUUUAUCGCCUCAGUCAUGCUGCUCAAAAGUGGAUUUUACUUCAAUAUUGUUUCCGUUGUGGUUUAUUUUCUUGUGUCACAGCCACACUGGCUUUCAUUGGUUGAGCAGAACGGAGCAGGCACUCGUAUGUGAACAUGGCCGAUCCGGCAAGUCGGGUUCAGAAUUGGCUCGGACUGGGGGCUGAUCUGGCACUGAUGUGGCCCUGAUGUGGUCCUGGUGAGGCCCUGUUUCAAAGCUAGUUGCUCUCCCAGGUCAUUUACAACACUGAAGUCUCACUUAAGUCUUCUUAUGUACCUCAACAUAGAGACGUUUAGAUAUUUACAUUACAUUUGUUCUGUUCCCUAUUCUUUUACAUUGUUUUAAUCUGCUCAGCAAGUCCCCCCGACCCCUCCAAUUGUAUUUCUGCCCCC